CCAGAACGGGGCACUCGAUGGUCGAACCAUUUGGUGACUCAAGGUUAAUGUUUGCAAACGGCUGCGAGUCACUCAAGCCCCUGACGCACAGUACACGGUGGGGUUAAUUACGGCUUUUGCUUGGUUCUGGGGGUGCCUGGUAAUUUUCAGGCCGUCAUCGUUGACCCUCGUGGAACCCAUGCUUAUCGAUUAAGCGAUAAGACCCAGCGCAACACUUUUUUGGCUGCUUUGAGAUGCAGUGCUGCUUGGAUCGCAUCGAUUUGAGGGGCUCUCGACCACGCGCCGGUGCGUUAGCGACCUACCCAAUGUCGCCAGAACAAGCUCGCGCCCGGAAACCACCCAGGUCGUGGGACGCUUUUACGCCGAGCCUGGCGCCAUGGAUCCUCGACUACCUCUCUUCGAUGGGCUUCGAACAGCCGACACCGGUGCAGAAAUCCUGCCUCGAGAUCUUCCGCGGGAACAAGGACGUCGUGGUGGAGGCGGUCACCGGUAGUGGGAAGACGCUUGCUUUUCUCAUUCCCGUGGUUGAGAAACUUCUGCGCUGCGACGAGCCCGCCAAACGGCACCACGUGCAGGGCAUCAUCAUCUCGCCGACUCGAGAACUCACGUCGCAGAUCUACAACGUGCUGGUAUCUCUCAUCAAGUUCCAUGGCCCGUCCGCCGACCUUCUACCCUACGCCAAAAGCGACGAGAAGCGUCCUGCUACGACGGAGCCCGUGAUCGUCCCACAGCUCCUGGUUGGAGGCACAACAAAAGCUGCCGAGGACCUGAGGACGUUCUUGCGGCUAUCGCCCAACCUUCUCAUUGGCACACCCGGGCGUCUUGCAGAGCUCUUGUCAAGCCCCUAUGUCAAGGCGCCGUCAUCCUCGUUCGAGGUCCUGGUCAUGGACGAAGCCGACCGCCUGCUCGAUCUCGGCUUCUCCCAGGAGCUUACGCGGAUCUUGGGCUACCUACCCAAACAACGUCGGACGGGCUUGUUCAGCGCCUCGCUCAGCGAAGCCGUGGAGAGGCUUAUUACCGUUGGCCUCCUAUACCCUCAUAAGAUCACAGUGCGAGUAAAGAGCUUAAAAGACGGCGGCGUCAUCCAGGAGCGCAAGACGCCGAUGUCACUGCAGAUGUCAUACCUCGUCACGCCAGCAAGCCAGAAGAUCCCCGCAUUGUGCCAGCUCCUAGAAAAGCUCGAGCCUCGGCCGUCUCGCUCAAUCAUCUUCUUCUCCACCUGCCUCGCCGUCAAAUACUUCGCCCGCGUGCUGCAUGGCAUCCUCCCAGCAGGCUUCUCCAUCCUCUCUCUCCACGGCAAGCUCGAGCCCCAAGUGCGCGAAAAGAACUUCGAGCGCUUCGUCAACGCCACCUCCCCCACGAUCCUCCUCACAACCGACAUCGCCGCCCGCGGGCUCGACAUCCCUCAAGUCGACCUCGUCGUUCAGCACGACCCACCCACCGACACCAAGGUCUUCAUCCACCGCUGCGGGCGCGCCGGACGCGCCGGCCGCCGGGGUCUCGCCGUCGUCCUGCUGCAGCCCGGCCGCGAGGAGGGCUAUGUGCAGCUGCUGGAAGUGCGCCAGACGCCCAUCACGCCGCUCUCCAAGCCGGCCAUCUCGGUCUCCGCCGCGGAGGCCGAGGCAGUGUCCGCCAAGAUCCGCGCCCAGGCCCAGGCCGACCGGGAGGUCUUCCAGCUCGCGCAGCGCGCCUUCGUCAGCUGGGCGCGCAGCUACAUCGAGCACCAGGCCACGUCCAUCUUCCGGGUCGCCGACCUCGACUGGGCCGACCUCGCCCGCGGCUACGGCCUGCUCGAGCUGCCCAAGAUGCCCGAGGUCAAGGGCCUCGACCGCUCGCUCGGCCUGGGCAUCGACACGGAGAGCAUCCCGUUCCGGGACGCGGCGCGCGAGAGGAAGCGGCUGGAGGAGCUGGCGCGGUGGAAGGCCGAGCGCGCCGAGCGGCAGGCGGCGGCUGCGGACGGCGGCGCUUCGGCUCCGUCGCUGAAGAGGAAGAAGAACGAGGCGUGGAGCGGCAAGCAUGAGCAGGAGGACCUGAGGGCCGCGCGCCGGGAGAAGAGGCGCAAGAAGAGGGAGGCGCAGCGGCUGGGGCGGAUGACGGAGAAGGAGAGGGAGGAGCAGCGGAAGCUGGAGGAACUGAUCGGCGAGGUGCGGAGGAGGAAUGAGUUGGGGGCGAGCGAAAAGGGCGGCGGGGCUGGCGACGAGUUCGAAGGGUUUGAUGAUUAGAGGGAGAGGUCUACGCACGUAUAUAUCACACAAUAGAUACCCCAGCUCAGGAUUCUGUUCGCAUUCUUCGGGGCUUGGCUCUUCGUCAAACGAUGCUCAACGUGCAUGCGUUGUGACUUACCGCGUCUCUGCGAGACAUGCCACUUUGCUGUGUACCUUGCCGAUUUCUGAUGUGGCUGGGAAGCAAGGGAUUCGUCGUCC